ACUUCACAUCACAAGUCACAUGACCAUGCUAGUUGAAAACGAGGAAGUCAUGGGUUGUUUGGAGUGACUGGCCAAAACAAAACUGUUUUUCAGCCAUGUCGCUGCACAGAUAUGAGCUGGGUUUUCUACUUAUAAUUCUAAAUAUUUAUUCUCUCGGACUUAUUGAUGCCGUGAACGUCACCGCUUCGGAUUCAGCUGCAAACCCGCUACAAGCUCCCAGUUAUCAGAGCCACAGCUCCUCUGCUGUUUACAAGCCUGCUGUGGACUCUUCGUACUCCAUCAAUCUGCUGUCCUCCUUCCCUGAAGACGUGGAGAUCAGCGAGUAUUGCUCAGAGAUGCUCCGGCUGUUCGGUCAGCGGUAUGUAGCUUAUGUGAACUGCCUGAUUCCUGCUGCUCGACCCGUCAGAGUGUGCCAGAACUGCUCCCCAGGGUAUAAAAGCCUCUCCGACGUCUUCCUGAACAUCUCAUCAGACCAGAUGGGCCCUGGGAAUGUGAGCUGUCGGGACAGCAUUCUGCGCAGUGACCGACUGAUGCUCGUCUUCCUUCUCUACGGCAACCUGGAUACCAUUUGGGAAAAAUCAAAUUGUAAACAAUGUGUCACUACGGAUUUAAAAGGCCCGAACAAUGACACACUUUACUACCUGACUCUUCUCAAUCAAACCAUCACCUGCUUUGAGAAGUAUAAAGAGGGUAACCAUACAGAACUGUGCAAAAGUUGUACACUUCCUUAUAAGGAUCUGAAUGACAUGUACAGUGGAAUGGAGAAGAAUAGCACCCUGUGUAUUGACUUGGAGGAUUCGAUGAAUAUGACCCGCAAACUCUGGAGCAAGAACUUCGGUUGCUCCUACCCGCACGGGGAGACGAUUCCUGUCAUCGCCGUGUCCAGUUUUAUGCUUUUUCUGCCCAUCAUCUUCUACUUGAGCAGCUUCCUUCACUCGGAACAAAAGAAACGCAAGCUCAUACACCCCAAGCGAGCAAAGUCACACAACAGCCUGAUGAACAUUCAGGACAAACAAAGCUGAAAUAAACUCUUUUUUGGACUUGGAGAACUUGUGUUGUUAUCCAUCACAACACAAUUUCUGAGGUGUUUUUUUGGACUCCAUAAACAUAAGACUAAAGAGCAAAUUUUUUUUUUUUUACUUUUUUUUUUCUUCUUACCAAUAAGAAUAUUCACAAGACUAGGAUGGAUCAAUAUAUAAUUAGGAAGAAUAGAAAUGCACUCGGCUGUAAAAUGUCCAGAAAGGUUUGUGUUCAUUAAAUGUUUGCUUUCA